UUUGCCAGGCACUGGUGUUUCCUGCUAAACGCCCGUCUGUCCCAGAUUGUGCCAUGGACUCCAUGUUUGAAGAUGACAUCAGCAUCCUUACCCAAGAUGCUUUGGUCCAGGAUGAUGACUGGCUGGACAGCCCCAAUACCGACCUCUCCAGCGAGAUGUGUUCUGCCUCUCAUUUUGCUCUCAUCACGGCCUACGAUGACAUCAAGAACCGCCUGACAGGGCUGGAGCGGGAGAAUGCCAGCCUCAAGCGGAAGCUGAAGAUGUAUGAGAUUAAGUUCCCCCUGAUUAGCGAGUUUGGAGAGGAGCGCAUCUUCCCAGCCUACGACUCCAAGGAGGCCUCUCUUCUGAAAAGCGAGAAAGCCAACCUCCAGCAGCAGCUGAAUCAAUUCCAGCGUGAGCUGCAGAAAAGCAAGGAGAGGGAAGAACAGCUGGGUGAGAUGAUCCAAGCCUAUGAGAAGCUGUGUGUGGAGAAGACUGACCUUGAGUCGGAGCUGGGGCAGAUGAGAGCUCUGGUUGAGACACAUCUGAAUCGGAUACGAAGCUUAGAGCAGCAGUUGAGGCAGAGAGAUGGCAGCUCGUUCCAGAAUCUCAACUCUCAGCUGCAAAAUCAAGAAGUCCAGUAUCUGUCGCUUCAUGGCAGCCAUGUACUGGAUUGCUCAAUGAACUGGCAGAGCCAGGGCCUCGAACAGGUGGAGGGGCUGGAGGUGCAGAGGCUGGAAGUGGAGCUGGAGGAGACGAGGCAGGAAGUCCAGAAUUCGCAGCACCGGGAAGAGCAGCUGAAGGCCGAGUGCGAGAGGCUGCAGGCGGAGGUGAAGCAGCUGCAAGAGACGCGGGCUCAGGACCUUGCAACGAGUCAGUCGGAGAGGGACAUGGCAUGGGUGAAGAAAGUUGGAGAUGACCAGGUAAACCUGGCCCUUGCCUACACGGAGCUGACCGAGGAGUUGUGCCGCCUGAGGAACCUGAGUUCUCUCCAAAGCCAGAUUCUCCGGACGCUUGUGCAAGAGCAGGCCCUCAAUGGUGGUCAGCGGCACUCUCCCCAUUCGCAGCGCCAUUCCCCCGCUCAGCAGCGCCGAUCUCCGGGUCCUCAAUGCUCGUCUCCAGCGCAGCAAGGCAGAUCAUCUUCCGUCCCUCAAUGCCAGUCUCCGGGCCUGCAGAGACGGUCGCCGGCGCCGCCCCCUUGCCAGUCUCCUGCGCAUCAGCGCCUCCCCGCGCCGCCCCCUUGCCAGUCCCCCUCGCAGCGCCGUUCGCCUGCCCCGCUGCCCGCCCAGCCGCCUGCCCCGCAGCGCUGCUCGCGGCCAAAUUGCUCCUCCCCCGCCAUCACCUCUCAGCACAGGUCGCCGGGUGGCGAGAGCAUCAUGGAUCUGGGCUACUCCAAACCCUUGAGCCACCACAUCAAGGCGAGCUUCCAGGGUCGCCGGAGCUACUCGGAGGUGAGCGAUGCGGCUAUGUACCCAAACCGCUCCCUCUGGCUGCAGCCGGAAGCUUCCACCUUACCAAAGCACCGUCCGUACGGCGAAGUUUACGCCAGAGACGCCUUCGAGGAGCACUUGCGCUUUGAGAAGCAGUCCUCGGAUGAAGACGACUGGGCCCUCCCAAGUCCCCCCAGCCCUGAAGCGGGGGGCAUCCGCUGCGCCUCCUUCUGUGCAGGGUUCCCUAUCCCCGACACCUCCACACACCGGACUGAUGCCUCGUACUCCAGGGCUGAGCAUGCCCAGUCCUGGCCUUCAAUCAAUUUGCUGAUGGAGACGGUGGACUCUGACAUCCGAAGCUGCCCUCUCUGCCAGGUGGCCUUUCCCAUCGGUUACCCAGAUGACGCUUUGAUAAAACACAUUGAUUCACACCUGGAGAACAGUAAGAUCUGAGGCCUGCACACCUGCCACGCCCUUCCUCUUCCGGCUUCCUUAGUGAGACCCGUCCACCUCACUCCCAGGCCCCCCUCCCACCCACCCGACUUGGAUGCUGCAUGAAAACUGGUGGUGCAACAGGGGCUCGCUCUAAAAUACCUCCAAGUCUCCAGUAGACUGAACCGGAAGAAGAGUUUUGCCUCUCCCUCUCCCUCUUCUCUGCCUUGGUUUCUAAAGUGGGUUUCCUCUUCCUCCUGCUCUUGAUGAGUAGGGCCUGCAAUAUUUCUCCAAUGCUUGAACCAGUCGUGGAGGUUGUGGGGGUAGGAGGCGAGAAAUACGCUUCGGCCAGGCUUAGCAGACAGAGCAUGCUGCCGCCGCCGCUCUCCAUCUGAACGCUCAGAACCGAGGGCAGAGGAUGACUCUUUAUAUCUACGUGGUUCUGGUUUGGGUGUCUCUGGAAGAUCUCAGGGUAGGAGAAAUCUCUCGGGGUUGUGUGUGUGUGUGUUUUUGGGGUGGGCAGGGGAAAUGGGCUGAGGAACUCUUUUGACUUGCUGAGGUGACAGCCUGGCACUCAGGUGAAAGAAAUCGGAAGGUUUCGUUUUUGUGCCCCUCCCGCGAGCAGGAAAGUCCCAAGUGGGUCCAGUCUCCCUGCCUUUUCUGCUACUAAGGAGGACGUUCAGGUCUCACUCCUUGUUGACCAUUAAUUAUCAGACACAGAAAGCCUUGGCCUCCAACUGCUGGUUCAAGUGUCUUGGUCUUUUACAUUAAAAGCCCACUUUAACGAUGCUGCUGAGAAAUAGAGCCAACUUCCAGAGGUGUAGCAUGGAUGUUCUUAUGUUAUUGCACUGGACAUUAAAACACAUGAAAGUUUU